GUGUUAAAGGUAAGCAAAGCUAAACAUCGACGUUAGAAGGUUUUAUGUAGAAGUAAAUAUCAUUCUCACACUUUGUCUUGGGCUGAGAGUUGAGAUUUUACCUUCUAGAACACGAUUUAGCAAUUCUGUUUAAAAACGUAUUCGCUGAUUUACGUUAUUUACUCGACAGUGGAGCUGGUUGUUUCGAUAUAUAUCACCAGAUUGUGGCGUAAACAAGUUGACUGAGUUCUCUGUGCUGACUGUUGCAGUGUGACAGCUCCACCAUGGGAAAGUCCAAACAAGUAGGAAACCACAAGAGUGACAAGAAGAAGCACAUUGCAAAGACAUGGAAGACAAAACGCAGGACUAAAGACCUGGACCAGAUCCACUCGGACAUGAAGGCAGAGACAGCGGCCAAGCUGCUGCACCAGGAGGUGGAUUACGAUGUGACAGGAUGUGCUCAACACUACUGCUUACACUGCGCGAGAUACUUUGUGGAUUUGAGAUCCUUGAAAGAGCACUUCAAAACUAAAGUACACAAAAAACGGCUGAAGCAGCUCAGAGAGGAGCCGUACACUCAGGCAGAGGCAGAGAGAGCAGCAGGGAUGGGCUCCUACAUCCCUCCAAAGAUCGUAGAAGUGAAGACGCAGCCUGUGGAAGAGGACAUGGACUGAGAGUCUCCCACUCAAACUCACAGACUGAUCACCUCUAUAACAGAAGCAUUUAUAAAAUGUAAUAAUGCUUCUUUUAUUCUCUGCUGUCACAAAUGUCGACACACUUCAUAUUUGUGAGUCUUUGCAGCUGUUU